AUGCUUUUACAUGAUGCAGGUCUUUUAAGAAUCUGGUCCUUUCUUCUCUUCUUUCUUCUCUCAUCACUCUCUUCCUUCCUCUUCUUUCUUCACUUCUUUCAUCACCCUUUCUCUCUUACUGUUCAUUCUCUUCUGCCUUCCCUUCCUUCUUCUCUCUUCGCUCUUUCUCUUUUUUCUUCCUUAUUGUUCAUUCUCUCCUUCCUCCCCACCUUUCUUUCUUCACUCUUUCUUUAUUAUUCUUCCUUAUUGUUCCUUUUCUUCUUCCUCCCCUUCCUUCUUUCUUUUCUCUACAAUUUCUCACUUAUUUUUCUUUAUUUUUCAUUUUCUUUAUUCUCUUCUUCCUGUCCUUCAUUCCUUCUUUUUUCCCCUUCUUUCUUCUCUAUCUCUUAUUCUUCCUUAUUAUUUAUUCUAUUCUUCCUCCCCUUCCUUCUUUCUUCCCUUCUUUCUUCUCUUUCUCGCUUAUUCUUCAAAAUUGUUCAUUCUCUUCUUCCUCCUCUUCUUCUUCUCCCCUUUCCUUUUCAUGACAACCCUUCACUUUUUUUUCACUUCAUAAUCCCCCUCACCUGCUUUCUCAUCCCCUCAUCCUCACUUUUUCCUUUUCUCUUUCACUCAUAUUUUUCAUGUUUACUUCUUUCAUCUUCCUUACCUCACUUUCAGUUUUACACUUACCCCCUCAUUUUUACUCUUUUCCCUCCUCCUCAUUCCUUCUAUCUCAAUUUCCUUCUUUUUUUAAAAAAGAUCCAUCUUUCCCUAACUCAUUCUUUUAUUUUUCUUUCAUUCUUCCAUUUUGCUUCCCUUAUUUUUCUCCUUUCUUAUUGCUUUUUCUUAUUCCUUUUUUUCCUUCCUUUCUUAUUUCCUUCACUUUCCUUUCCUUCCUUCCUUCCUUCCUUCCUUUCCUUCCUUCCUUCCUUCCUUUCCUUCCUUCCUUCCUUCCUUUCCUUCCUUCCUUCCUUCCUUUCCUUCCUUCCUUUCCUUCCUUUAUAUCUUCAAAGCCAAGACAUAGACAAAAUAUUUAUGAAUCGAUCCAAUGAAUCCAUCUUUAAUUUUAUGUACACUGUUUCUUAA